UUCAACUUGAACCGUACGCUCAUCAUGCACAUUCAAACAAGCUUCGAAAACACAGUUGAAACUAAGUCAGCGGACAUAAAACUUACAGCGCCUAAUACAACCUUGACCUUAGUGACACAGGAAUCAUGGUUACUCUGGAGGAAUUUAACAGUCACGCUGAAAAAGUUAAAAAGCUUAAAACAAAACCUAAUGAUAAUGAUCUGCUUGAACUUUACAGCUUGUACAAACAAGCUACAGUUGGUGACAACAAUACGUGUGCACCUGGUAUCCUCGAUCUAAAAGGAAAGGCGAAAUGGAACGCUUGGAAUGGAAAAAAGGCUCGCGGCUUUACUUAUCGAUGUUCGAGAAAUAGUUUAUGUAUUACUGUCCUGAUAAAUGGUCCCAAAAAGUCACCAGUCAGUCUUACGCAACGUAGAACCUGGCAUAUACACACACCAGUUCUGGUUGCUAUAACGCUAGUAAAAGUCAUGAAAGUGUUUUUUUUUUAAUUCUUUUACUGUUUACUUCUAAAUCACAGGUAUUUGCAAAGAAGAAGCUAAAACGCUGUACGUGAAUAAAGCUAAAUGCCUUAUUGAAAAACAUGGAUUGGAAUCAUAAUUACUAUUAAUUUUGUUCAAGGAAACUAAUUUAUUUAGUUAAUAUUCAUAUAUUUUUGAUAUGAUUUACAUAUUGAGUUUGGUUUUGUAAUUUUUAUGCUUUCUUUCCUCAUCUUUUUGAUUUGUUACUUUACAAAUGUUAAUCGUAACGAUAGGGGUCAGUAAAUGUUUUUGUUUUCUACUGUAUUUCUAAACGUGCUUUACGACAUUAAUGACUUCUAUUGUCUUUCAUACUCUUUUUGUAAUACCGAAAUAUAUAUUAAAGGGAACAUA